UUUUUUGAAAAAAAGUAAUGAAAACACCGACGACAAAAGUUUAUAAUUGUUAAAAUAAAAUAUACGCAUUGCCAUAGAAAACUACGUAAAGUGCAAGAACAACAACAACAAUACCACCAACAAUAUCAGCAAAAACAACAACAGUAGCAGCCGCAACAAAACACGACGACGACGACGACGACGAUACAACACCAGCGUUUGUUUAAUUAUUAGCAACAAAAUAGCCGCAAUUAUAGCCAACAAUAAAAACGAAACGCAAGUAUAGGACAUAUCCUGGACAUAGUGAGGGAAACCCAUUGUCCAGCAGACUGCUAACUAAUCAAGGUGUGCAGCAGGAGGUGAGAAAGAGGAAAUCAAAAGAAUCAGCGCCGUGUAGAGCGCGCGCGCGUCAAGAAAUCAAAUCAAAUUUGUUUGGCAAACACAAAAUAGCAACAUUUUAAUCGAAACAAUGGACUUUAUGAUGGCAAACACGGGCGCCACCGGCGUGGAUACACAGGCGCAGCUAAUGCAGAGCGCUGCCGCGGCGGCUGCUGUUGCCGCAACAAAUGCGGCCGCGCCCGUUCAGAGUGCAGCGGCCGUGGCCGCCGCCGCCCAGCUGCAGCAGCAGCAGCAACAGGUGCAGCAGGCGAUACUGCAAGUGCAGCAGCAGCAGACACAGCAAGCGGUUGCCGCAGCGGCCGCAGCCGUCACGCAGCAACUGCAGCAGCAACAGCAGGCGGUUGUCCAGCAAGCGGUUGUCCAGCAGCAGCAGGUCGUGCAGCAGCAGCAGCAGCAGCAGCAGGUGCAGCAAGUCCAGCAGGCAGUUGUUGCCGUACAGCAACAGCAACAGCAGCAGCAGCAGCAGGUCGUGCAACAGCAGCAGCAGCAGGUCGUGCAGCAGCAGGUCGUGCAACAGCAGGUGCAGCAGCAGCAGGUCGUGCAACAGCAGGUGCAGCAGCAGCAGGUCGUGCAGCAGGCGAACACGAAUGGCAACUCGGGCGGCGCACAGAACGGCAGCAAUGGCAGCACAGAGACGCGCACAAAUCUGAUUGUCAACUAUUUGCCACAGACAAUGACGGAGGAUGAGAUACGCUCGCUGUUCAGCAGCGUUGGCGAAAUAGAGUCCGUCAAGCUGAUACGCGACAAAUCGCAGGUGUACAUAGAUCCGCUCAAUCCGCAGGCGCCCAGCAAGGGCCAGAGUCUCGGCUAUGGUUUUGUCAACUAUGUGCGUCCCCAGGAUGCGGAGCAGGCCGUCAAUGUUCUGAAUGGCCUGCGGCUGCAAAAUAAAACGAUUAAGGUCUCGUUCGCACGACCCUCAUCGGAUGCCAUCAAGGGCGCCAAUCUGUAUGUGUCGGGCCUGCCAAAGACGAUGACCCAACAGGAGCUGGAGGCCAUAUUUGCGCCAUUCGGCGCCAUCAUAACGUCGCGCAUCCUACAGAAUGCCGGCAAUGAUACGCAGACCAAGGGCGUCGGUUUUAUACGGUUCGAUAAGCGCGAGGAGGCGACCCGUGCGAUUAUUGCCUUAAAUGGCACCACGCCCAGCAGCUGCACCGAUCCGAUUGUGGUGAAAUUCUCAAACACGCCCGGCAGCACCAGCAAGAUCAUCCAGCCGCAAUUGCCCGCAUUCCUCAAUCCGCAGCUGGUGCGACGAAUUGGCGGCGCAAUGCACACGCCCGUCAAUAAGGGACUGGCCCGUUUCUCACCGAUGGCCGGCGAUAUGCUGGACGUGAUGCUGCCGAAUGGCCUCGGCGCCGCUGCGGCGGCAGCGACAACGCUGGCCAGCGGACCCGGCGGCGCAUAUCCCAUAUUUAUAUAUAAUCUGGCGCCCGAAACGGAGGAGGCGGCGCUCUGGCAGCUGUUCGGCCCCUUCGGCGCUGUGCAAUCGGUGAAGAUCGUCAAGGAUCCCACAACGAAUCAGUGCAAAGGCUAUGGCUUUGUCUCCAUGACCAACUACGACGAGGCAGCCAUGGCCAUCCGGGCACUCAAUGGCUACACCAUGGGCAAUCGCGUGCUGCAGGUCAGCUUUAAGACCAACAAGGCCAAGUAAAGUUUUCUGUGUGCGUAUGGAAAGCCGCCAAACGACACCAAGGAGCAGCCAGCCGGAGUGCAACUACACACACACACACACACACCCACACACACAUACUUAUCUAGUUUAUACAACCACACACACACACACACACACACACUCACACUCACUUAUACAUAUAUAUAAAUAUGCAUGGUCUUACGAUAACUAAGCGCAACAACAAUGCCUGUGUAUAACACACACACACACAAACACACCUUCACACACAAACAAACACACCUUCACACACACACACAAUGCAUCGUUUUGUGGAGCGUGUCGUCUGGCUAAAGAAUCGCGUCUAAACAACGAAACGACGGCCCGAAACGCCGGCCGUUGCAAUAGCAAAAUUCUUGUUUAGCAUUUAAGUAAAACUCGAAGAACAUAAAACCAAAAGCUAAACUUAACUAAACUAAACUUUAAAAAAAAAAACGUACGUGUCGAAUGCAAUAUUUAAACAAAUCGAAGAAAAAAAAAACAG